AUGCUUAAUGUUCAAUAAAAUAAAUUAAAUGAUGUUGGUGCAUCUAAAUUAGGAGAAGCUUUAUUUGACUGCAAAAAUCUUUCAUCAUUAACCCUUAACAUCUCGGAUAAUAAUAUUUGCUUAUAGGGAGCUACCGAAUUAGGAAACUCAUUAGGAAAAUGCAAUAAUUUAAUUAAUUUAAAUCUCAAUAUAUCCAAAAAUAGAUUAAAAGAUGAAGAGAUUACUGGAUUAGCCAAUGGAAUAGGUCAGAAUUAAAGUUUAGAGCAACUAAUCUUAAAUUUAUAAUGGAACAAAAUAUCUUCAGAAGGUGCUACUUUUUUAGGAACAGAAAUUGGAAAGUGCUAAAAUCUGACUUUUUUAUAACUAAAUCUUUACUAUAAUGACAUUACCAAUUAUGGAUAUUCUGCAUUAGGUCUUUAGAUAGCAGAGUGUAAUAAUCUUGUAAAUCUAACGCUCAUGUUGAAUGGACAAAUCUUUAGUGGUGUAGGUGAACCGUGUCUUUUUCAAGGACUAUAGAAAUGCAAAAAUCUACAAACAUUUAGGAUUGAUCUAUCUUAAUGCACAAUAAACUAGUAAAGUUUUGUAAAUAUUGGCGCUUUAAUAGGAAAAUAUUCAAAUCUGACAUAUUUAUAAUUUAGUUUUAAGCGCGGUGUCUAUUACUAAAAUAAAAUUGUAAAUUAAGGAAUUGUGCAGUUUGUAGAUGGGUUAAAAGUAUCAAAAAGCUUAUUAAAUUUAUAUAUCAGUUUAACAUUCAACUUAGUAAAUUUUGAAAGUAGAAGUAAAGCAUCACAAAAUCUCAAAAAAAUGAGGUAGCUAAUACAACUUUAGAUAAUAUUCUGA